CGUCCGGACGGAUCGGUUGUUGUCGGUCGUCAUUGGCGUACGGUUACCGGCGUGGUAUAUUUCUGUACUCUCUAGGCUGUUUUGGUGUGCACUCUGAAGCUGUUAUUAUUUUGGUUGUUGUUUGGUGUUCAACGAAGAAGACCUCUAGCAAAUCGUUAAGUGAGGUGAAGAAAACGAAAAAAAAAAAAAUAACUACGAGUUUUGACCACGGUUUUGAACUUGAAAAGCUUAGCCAGAAUCAGCUGAGUCAGUUGUUGUGCAGUGCAUGUAGGGUGUCAAGUUCACGAAGUAAGUAGUUGACGUUGCAACGUAUAAUUGUGGAUAUUUUGUCUGGCGAAAUGUUUGCAAGGUGUGUUGCAUUAGCUUCGAUUUGGAUCGAAAGGUUUCUGAGUGUUGAUGGAUGAGUUCAAUCAGACAAUUUUACCGAAUCGUGCAGCCAUCAAUAACGACGUCCGUUAAAAAGUGCAUAGAUAACAACUUUGAUCGAGCGAAGCGGAGCUGACUGUUGGCCAAGGAGUUUACAAAUCGAUAAUUGUAUGUAAAUGUGGCGGAUGAUGAAUGUUAUUAUUUGGUGAUUGUGGCGGCAGUUAUAUUGGAAAAUACCUCCCCAGAGACGCCCGGCUUCAAGGUAGGAGUCAGAGUCAGCGCAGCGCAGUCAGUGAUGUUAUAUGAUCGAGAGUAAAUUGUCUCCUGCUGAAGAAAUGCUAAAUUGUUAAACAAUCGAAAAUUUGUGUGGGUACCUUGAGAAGAUUGUAGCAACAACAGUGAAGCAAAAAUAAAUAAAAAAAAAACGCAUGUGUGAAGUAGUUGUUUGCACCGAAAAAAAGAGAAGAAAUAAUUAUCUCGAAUGAAAAAAUAAAAAAUAAAAAAUUCGGAUGAAAUCGAUCCAUUUGCAUGUGAUGUGUGAGUGCGUUUGCUGAUAAUUAACCGUAAGUUUGGAUGGUUCAGAAAUUGAUCGAAACCUGACGAAGCGGUGGAGGUGGCGACGGCAGUUGCUGCAAUCUCCGGUGGUGGUGAUGCCAAAGAAGAAAUGCCAACAAAAGUGAGCUUUUUUUUUGAAUAUUCAAACUCCAUCAAGUGAUGACCGGUUGCUCUGGUGGUGAUGCGAUUUGCCAUCGUUCAAGUCGCUUAUGAAUACGAAUGAAUAUAUUUUGUCUUGCUGAAAAUUUUGAAGUGAAAUCGAUUGAUGUUUUUUGGUGUUUUUGCUGUGUUGGCUGAACCAAAAAAAAAAACAAAGUGAGAGUAAACAUUGGUAACCGAUACGCCGAGACUUGCAUGAUUUGACCUGACGCAGAGACAACAGCGAAGAAGGAUCCUAAAAAACGGAAUUCAAGGAAGCCCUACUGACGAGUGCGCGAAUUCUAGGUGAACAUAAACGAGGUGGAAAAUUUUCCCUCUUCACGCAGUGAGCAGCCAGCAACCUAAGCGUGAACAGUGAGAGAGAGACGGUGUGUGCUGGUUUGACGGUCCAUUUGAGGGCUCUGGCAAAUGGAACAUUGCGGUAGUAGCUUCUAAGCCAAGGCAGUAGCCGCAGCAGUUAAAGUUACGGGCAUGAAUAUUUUAUGCAAAAUAUGGAUCACCUGUUUAUUCAACUCAGCAGCAGAGGCACCUAUCUGCGACAGUCGAGUUCGUUUGUCUCACAUUAGCCAGUAACAAGCUAAGGAUUUCUGAGUGAGUCGAACGGGAAACAACGAGCGACAGACCAAUAUGCGGUGGUUCAAGCGAUCCACCGAUUCUCCGAAGCUGCUCAGUCUGUCGCCUCUGCGGCACUCCGAGCUUGGGAAUGCCUACAGUGGCGGCGGUGAGGCACCGGAAAGACCUCAUGAGGGAUCUAUCGCCGACAGUGGUGAUACAGCAGAACAAUCAAUACCGGGACCGGGACUUCCAGGACCGCUGAUGGAUCUGUUCGCUUCGUCAGCGUGUUCCACCUCGUCGUCCGGGUCGGCAUCGUACACGGCCAGUUGCAGCUCCCCGUCGGCCACUUCAUCGCCAUCUACCUCAACUACCUUCUCCUAUACCAGUGAUAGCAGUAGCCUAUGUACCAGCAUCAGGGCGUCAGGGAAACCGGCAGCGACAGUGGCAGUGGCCAAUGGCGGCGGGUGUGGCGGUGCCAACGGAUCUACACCCAGAAAAUCACGAAUAGAUUUAUCGCCAGUGAACUGGACCAAGAAGUCAUCCAUCAACUGCUACAACAUCGAGGAGGGUCGUGUUAUCGAGAGGCCCAAAGGUCGCUACAUUUCACCGAUUCGAAUAAAAAACAAGCAACAAGCGUUGGCCCAAGGUAUCAUCGGUUCGGGUGGAGCCAGUACGCCCGUUUGCCGGCGGAUUUUGCAACGGGACAAGGGUUCCGUAGAUGGCAGUGGUUCGACGGUUGAUGGCACUCUGGUUAAGAAUUUGAGUAAAUCAAUUGGAAACAUUAGUGCAUCGAUAGGCGAUAAAAGUCCUUCACUCAGCCAUCGAUCGAUCGUUUAUCGAGAUAAGGAGAAGAAGAAUCCCCUGGGCUCCACGAGGUUAUCCUGCUACCAAACGAUCAAUUUCGAAUCGAGUGAAAACGUGACCAAAAGUCAACUGUACAAGUCGGUUGACGAUCUAAUCUUUCUCAAUGGGUCCACUACGACGGAUGAUUGCGAAAGAGACUUUUCCGGCGGUGAUAGUGCAGUGAACAAAGAGCGAGUCAAUCACUGCGUUUCUACGACGAUCGUCACUCCCAACCAGCUAAACCAAAGUCUUAUCACUAGUAGUGUUAGUAGUAAUAGUACCAGCAGUCGAGCAGCAUCAACCACAGAGCAGCAGCACUUAACAACCGUGGUGGCUGGAAUAGCAGCUGAUGAACCAAAGAACGAUCGACCGAAAAUGGCCGGAAACGUUGGCGAUCACGACGAAACGUACGGAUUUGCACAAAUGAAAGAAACCUCCUUCGAAACCAUGUAUCGACUCAAGUUAAACGCACUGAAAAAUGAGGAACAGAAAACGCCCCAGAAAAAGAAGGACAACUUUGCCAACAAAAUCAAAGCAAUGUCCGAUCGAACGCAGAAACUAUUCUCGAAGAUCUACUCAAACUCAUCCUACAAAACCAACAGCACUGCCGAAAGCAACUUCCAUUCCGCGCAUUCGAAAUCUCUUAAAAAAUCCCCAUCAAAAGUAUCCAACAAUCGCAGAAGUGUGAGCUAUGGCGCACUUCCUGGGCUGGCCGAUUUCCAAAAGAACAUGGAGAAAUCCGAACAAGAUCCCAAACUCAUCGACCAGCAGCAGCAACAGCAGCAAGACGACGAUUUGAACGGCACUGUGAUCCACUUGGCCCCACCCAGCAAUCGACACGACGCGGAGGAUUGCGAUUCGGGAAUCUUGGUCAACGAGUCCGGCGCUUCGUCGAUCCUGGAAACGGAGGACGUGUUCCUACCAAGCAUUCCCUCCAAGGUCCUGAACAGUUGCACGGAUAAUACGGAAUUCAAACUCGUGACGAUCAAACUGGAAGAGUGCAGCGAAGAGGCUGAAAAUCUGGGAAUCAUCGUUAAUCCGAUGAACAACGGCGAAGGCGAGGUUAGCAACCGCUACAAGGUGGCUCACGUGCUGCCGGGAGGCUUGGUCUAUACGGAAGGCACCAUUCAACCAAACGACGAAAUCGUCAACAUCCUUGGCAAACGGUUGCGAGGACUUUCGAUGCGACAGGUUCAGGAUCUGCUGAACAGCUGCACCCGACGGGGCACCGGUCGUGCCAGUAUCGAUCUUGUCAUUUGUAGGAGUAAAGUAAAUGAUACUGAUCUGGACCAGGAGCAACAGCAGGAACAACAAGAACAACAGCAGCAAUCGGUGAAUCGACGGUUGUUCCGGAAUAAUCGAAUGAUUUCACUGGACUCGUACUUGGACGGGGAGAAGCAACCACGACAUCAGCCACAGCUUCACUUUCAUGACGAAGAACAACAGCACAGCAGUGAUGCAAACUCCGAUCAUGACAACUACACUUCCAUUGCUAUCAAAAUCGACGGCAACAAGUACAACACCCUCGGGACACCUCGCCGCCAGAAGAGUCUCUCGGUAGCCACCGCCAAUAAACGCCCUCAGUCACCAUCCCCACCUUGCGAUAUGCCCAGCAUUGAAGUAGACUCCCAACCGCCAUCGCUUGACUGCGUUAAGCGGAGAUCGUUCACCAAAAAUACAGCAAACAACAGCAGUGCAACCAAUUCCUCCAAACUGGUCCGGCGAUCCCUUGUGGGUAAGCAGUCUCCCGUGUUCCAUGGCGAUCAGGUCACCAAGAGCUCCAUGAAUCUAUGUGACGACGAGAAGCUGGAACUCAGCGGAGCUUCCGACGAUGCCGAAACGAGCAGUGGAACCAGCUCGCUGGACAUGGACAAAAACAUGUCCAAUUUUUGCACUCUCCCGAGAAGGCCAAAGAGUUCGCUGUGUACGUUCCACACGGUAGCGUUCGAGAAGGGACCGGGGAAGAAAUCACUCGGAUUCACGAUCGUCGGUGGAAGAGAUAGUCCUAGGGGAGCGUUGGGCAUUUUCAUCAAAAGCAUUCUACCUACGGGGCAAGCGGCCGAGGACGGUCGGUUGAAGGCGGGCGACGAGGUGCUGGCAGUCAACGGGCAGGUCUGCCACGAUCUGACCCAUCUGGAGGCGGUCAAAAUGUUCAAGAGCAUCAAAACGGGUGAGAUCGUUCUGCAGCUAUGCAGGAGGAGCAAGACGCAUCGCGGAGAACCAACUGGGGCACAGUGCUGAAGUGGGUCCGCGUAGAAGCUACGUUUAUAUAAAUCUUUGUUUUAAAAGGCUGUGUAGGAAUCAUUAAGGGGAAAAUAUAUGAUUGUGCAAUUUAUUUCAACAGAAUAUACUAACAAAAUUUAGAUCAGACUACUUAUUGAUGAGACUUAUUAGAUUAGAUGGCACAAGUAGGUCAAAAUGGAAUAUAUGUAAAAAAUUAAUGGACACCCGCCAAGACUCAGAGGAAAAAUCGGAAAAACUUUAUCGGAGCCACUGGCUGAAAAUAAUAUACAUAACCUACCGAAAUUCAGAAUCGUGAAUGUAAUUUAUGUACCGAAAUUGAUCGUAAAAAUAUAUUGUACCACAAUGAA